UAUAAUAAUCAACAAUUCCGCUGUCCAUUCCACUUAUUAAUUGAAAUAACUUUAUAAUUAAUUUAAAUGUCUUGUAAUCUUACUAAAUCAUAACUAGGCCCAUUACCGUUUGGUUACAAUACUUAGAUUACAGAUAAUAGCUUUACUUUCUGUCAAACAUGAGUACCCAAACGGAACCAACAAUUAAAAACAGGAGGCACAUUAUAUGCAUGGCGUCAGACUUCUUUUACCCAAAUACGGGUGGAGUCGAAGAGCACAUAUAUAAUUUAUCGCAAUGUUUAAUAAAACGUGGACACAAAGUAGUUGUUAUCACACAUUGCUACGAAGAUAGAGUUGGUGUUCGAUAUUUAACAGGGGGUCUUAAAGUAUACUACUUACCAAUACGAGUUUUUUACAGCCAAUGUGCUCUACCUACUAUGAUUUGUAACAUAGCAAUUGUACGAUAUAUUUUAAUACGGGAGCGAAUUCAAAUUGUGCAUGGACAUUCAGCUUUCAGUGUACUAGCACAUGAAGUGUCUAUAAUAGGAAAGUUAAUGGGGUUGAAAACAGUAUUUACAGACCACAGUCUCUUUGGUUUUGCAGACAUGUCAGCAGUUCUGACAAAUAAGUAUCUGCAAAUGUGUUUGUGUGAAUGUGAUCACUGUAUUUGUGUUUCUCACACAGGUAAAGAAAAUACAGUAUUAAGAGCUAAAGUGAAAGCUCAUAAAGUUUCAGUUAUACCAAAUGCUGUGGAUGCUUACACAUUUACCCCUGAUCCAAGUCAAAGAGAUCCAAAUGUUAUAACAGUCAUAAUUGUUUCUAGAUUAGUGUAUAGAAAAGGUGUCGAUUUGAUGGCAGCUGUAAUAGCAGAUAUGUGUCCUAGAUACCCAAACCUAAGGUUCAUUAUAGGAGGGGACGGGCCCAAAAUGUGGCUGUUACAAGAAGUCAGGGAAAGAAAGGGUUUUCAACACUGUGUGACACUAUUGGGAAGCUUAAAACAUUCUGAAGUGAGGGAUGUAUUAGUAAAAGGUGAUAUAUUUUUAAAUACAUCUUUGACUGAAGCAUAUUGUAUGGCAAUAGUCGAAGCCGCCUCUUGCGGGCUAAAAGUGGUAUCAACAAAAGUUGGUGGCAUUCCAGAAGUACUACCAGACAAUAUGAUUUAUUUAUCCGAACCAAAUGUUACAAAUAUUGUUGAAAGUAUUGAAUUGGCUAUGACCGACUUGAAAACUGGUAAUAUUGUAUGUCCAUUUGAAUGCAACAGAAAUGUGAGGAAGAUGUAUAAUUGGAUGGAUAUUACAAGACGGACUGUAAUAGUAUAUGAUAAAAUAAUGCUCAAUAAGAACAAACCAUUGGGAUUACAAUUGAAAAGUUAUCUCUCUUGUGGUGUGUGGCCAUUUCUUCUUGUCAUAAGCUUAAUGUAUUUAUUGUUGCAGUUAGUUGAAAAGGUGUAUAAGAGGAAACACAUUGAUAUUGCUAGAGAUAUAAAGUUAUGAGUGAUAAUAAUGAUUCUUUAUAAAAUAAGCUUCAUUAUAGAAA